GGCGCCGCAGUCUCCGGGCCUCGCAGCCCCACUCGAGCGUCCUCAGCACCGAGGGCUCUCGGGUCCUGAGGGGACGAGGAGAGCCAGGGGCCGGGCACUGAGCUCUUGGGCGCCCCCACCCCGUUUUCGGAGCCCUCCACACUGCGGCCGCUGUCCCCUCCGGACCAUGGCCGACGACGACGUGCUGUUCGAGGAUGUGUACGAGCUGUGCGAGGUGAUCGGCAAGGGUCCCUUCAGUGUUGUACGACGAUGUAUCAACAGAGAAACUGGGCAGCAAUUUGCUGUAAAAAUUGUUGAUGUAGCCAAGUUCACAUCAAGUCCAGGGUUAAGUACAGAAGAUCUAAAGCGGGAAGCCAGUAUCUGUCAUAUGCUGAAACAUCCCCACAUUGUAGAGUUAUUGGAGACAUAUAGCUCAGAUGGAAUGCUUUACAUGGUUUUUGAAUUUAUGGAUGGCGCAGAUCUGUGUUUUGAAAUCGUAAAGCGAGCUGACGCUGGCUUUGUAUACAGUGAAGCUGUAGCCAGUCACUACAUGAGACAGAUACUGGAAGCUCUACGCUAUUGUCAUGAUAAUAACAUAAUUCACAGGGAUGUGAAGCCCCACUGUGUUCUCCUCGCCUCAAAGGAAAACUCGGCACCUGUUAAACUUGGGGGCUUUGGGGUAGCUAUUCAAUUAGGAGAGUCUGGACUUGUAGCUGGAGGACGCGUUGGAACACCUCAUUUUAUGGCCCCAGAAGUUGUCAAAAGAGAGCCUUACGGAAAACCUGUAGAUGUCUGGGGUUGUGGCGUGAUCCUUUUUAUCCUGCUAAGUGGUUGCUUGCCUUUUUAUGGAACCAAGGAAAGAUUGUUUGAAGGCAUUAUUAAAGGAAAAUAUAAGAUGAAUCCAAGGCAGUGGAGCCAUAUCUCUGAAAGUGCCAAAGACCUAGUCCGUCGCAUGCUGAUGCUGGAUCCAGCUGAAAGGAUCACCGUGUAUGAAGCACUGAAUCACCCAUGGCUUAAGGAGCGGGAUCGUUAUGCCUACAAGAUUCAUCUUCCAGAAACAGUAGAGCAACUGAGGAAAUUCAAUGCAAGGAGGAAACUAAAGGGUGCAGUCCUAGCAGCUGUGUCAAGUCACAAAUUCAACUCGUUCUAUGGUGACCCCCCUGAAGAAUUGCCCGAUUUCUCUGAAGACCCUACCUCCUCAGGACUUCUAGCAGCAGAAAGAGCAGUCUCACAGGUGCUGGACAGCCUGGAAGAAAUUCACGCUCUUACAGACUGCAGUGAAAAGGACUUAGAUUUUCUACACAGUGUUUUCCAGGAUCAGCAUCUUCACACACUACUAGAUCUGUAUGACAAAAUUAACACAAAGUCUUCACCACAAAUCAGGAAUCCUCCGAGCGAUGCAGUACACAGAGCCAAAGAGGUAUUGGAAGAAAUUUCAUGUUACCCCGAGAAUAAUGAUGCAAAGGAACUAAAGCGUAUUUUAACACAACCUCAUUUCAUGGCCUUACUUCAGACUCACGACGUAGUGGCACAUGAAGUUUACAGCGAUGAGGCGUUGAGGGUCACACCUCCUCCCACCUCUCCCUAUUUAAAUGGUGAUUCUCCAGAAAGCGCAAACGGAGACAUGGAUAUGGAGAAUGUGACCAGAGUCCGCCUGGUCCAGUUCCAAAAGAACACAGAUGAGCCCAUGGGAAUCACUUUAAAAAUGAAUGAACUAAAUCACUGUAUUGUUGCAAGAAUUAUGCACGGGGGCAUGAUUCACAGGCAAGGUACACUUCACGUUGGUGAUGAAAUUCGAGAGAUUAAUGGCAUCAGUGUGGCUAACCAAACAGUCGAACAGCUGCAAAAAAUGCUUCGGGAAAUGCGGGGGAGUAUCACCUUCAAGAUCGUGCCAAGUUACCGCACUCAGUCAUCGUCCUGUGAGAGAGAUUCCCCCUCCACUUCCAGACAGUCCCCAGCUAAUGGUCAUAGCAGCACUAACAAUUCUGUUUCGGACUUGCCAUCAACUACCCAACCAAAAGGACGACAGAUCUAUGUAAGAGCACAAUUUGAAUAUGAUCCAGCCAAGGAUGACCUCAUCCCCUGCAAAGAAGCUGGCAUUCGAUUCAGAGUUGGCGACAUUAUCCAGAUUAUUAGUAAGGAUGAUCACAACUGGUGGCAGGGUAAACUGGAAAACUCCAAAAAUGGAACCGCAGGUCUCAUUCCUUCUCCUGAACUUCAGGAAUGGCGAGUCGCUUGCAUUGCCAUGGAGAAAACCAAACAGGAGCAGCAGGCCAGCUGUACCUGGUUCGGCAAGAAAAAGAAGCAGUACAAAGACAAAUACUUGGCAAAGCACAAUGCAGUGUUCGAUCAAUUAGAUCUCGUUACAUAUGAAGAAGUAGUAAAACUGCCAGCAUUCAAAAGGAAAACACUAGUCUUAUUAGGUGCACACGGUGUUGGGAGAAGACACAUAAAAAACACUCUCAUCACAAAGCACCCAGACCGGUUUGCGUACCCUAUUCCACAUACAACCAGACCUCCAAAGAAAGAUGAAGAAAAUGGAAAGAACUAUUACUUUGUAUCUCAUGACCAAAUGAUGCAAGACAUCUCUAAUAACGAGUACUUGGAGUAUGGCAGCCAUGAGGAUGCGAUGUAUGGGACAAAACUGGAGACCAUCCGGAAGAUCCAUGAGCAAGGCCUGAUUGCAAUACUGGACGUGGAGCCUCAGGCACUGAAGGUCCUGAGGACUGCAGAGUUCGCUCCUUUUGUUGUUUUUAUUGCCGCACCGACUAUCACUCCAGGUUUAAAUGAGGACGAAUCUCUUCAGCGUCUGCAGAAAGAGUCUGACAUCUUACAGAGAACAUACGCACACUACUUCGAUCUCACAAUUAUCAACAAUGAAAUUGACGAGACAAUCAGACAUCUGGAGGAAGCCGUGGAGCUCGUGUGCACGGCCCCGCAGUGGGUCCCCGUCUCCUGGGUCUAUUAGGCCUCUCGCGAGACCUGCCGCGAACCCCGGGGGCCACCUCCUCAUUCAUGGAAAAGCCUCUUUGUUAUCAGCCGUGUGUCUGCAGGUCAUGGUCCCUAGAGACUAUCUAGUUGUAGUGUGACCUCCAUUUAUAAUUAUUGUCAUGUCCGAAUAGAUAGGAGGAGAAAACAAUUACACACUCAUUUAAAGAGACAGUAUCUUUUUUAAUCAGUUCUCCUAAACUUUAAUAAAAUGUAUCUUUAAAUGUAUGUAUUAUUCAAUCCUUUGGAAUGUUAUAUUUUUGGAAAUCAUAGCUUUUUAUUUCCAAGGCCCCUAAAAACUGCACAAAAUAGAUGCUGCUUUCUAUAAUCUAUUUUAAUAAUAAACAAUGAUUCUGUUACCUUGACUGGGGGUGGAACACUACAUUCUUUUUAGAGUCUGAUUUUAUGGAUUGGAAUAUCUUUCUUUCCUUUAUUUAUUUGAAAUAAUCAGUCUUAGUGAUUACAAAACAGUCAUAAAUUUUUAAAGGCCUUUUUUUUUUUUUUUUUUUUUAGAAUAGCAUUUUUUUUAAGUGCUUUAUGUAACAUCCAGAUAAUGUGAUACUGUCUCUUUGAAGCACCCUGUAAACCUUUUAGAGAUUUGAAGUUGGGUCUUGACUCUUAAUGCAUGUGGACAGUCGCGAGCGUUUAUGCUGUUGGUGUGUCUGUGUUGGACAAAACAAUCUGUAAUCUACAGCAAAGUACAUUCCGUUCACGGGGCACACCCAGGGGAGUAAGAAUAAAAUGCUAUUAUGACUAAGUUGUAAACCUAUGCACAUCCCUUGCAUUUCGGGCAACUUUAUAAAAAAAAAAAAAGAAACUGAUUUUUAUUAAUAAUAAUCAUGUAGUGAAAUGUGUUUGUAAUUUUGUCUCAAUUUAAUUUGUUGUAAGGUGGGAGGGGGAAUUGCUGGUUUCACCAUUUCAGAUCUGUGUUGUCUGAGAGUAUUAACAUUUUAAUUAAGCAGAGAAAUGAGGAUUUUUAAUAUGUAUGUAAUUGUUUUAAAGCACCCAUUUUAAGAGAAUAUACUGUGCAAUGAAGAAACCAGUUUAGGCAUUUGCUAUAAACUGAAUUAUUCCAAAAGAAUAAUCUAUAACAGCCCUGUAAAUUCCUUUAAAAUGAUAACAGGACAGUUUGACCAAUUUUUUUUUAAAUAUACUUCCUUUUAUGUGUUCAAUAAUGAAA